CCCCAGACAUUCUUAACAAGCUGGAUGAAUCCACCAAGCCAUGUGAUGAUUUCUAUCAAUACAGUUGUGGGGGAUUCAUAAAAAAGACUCGUCUACCGGACGAUAAAUUGUACAUGGAUUCACUUACUGUAACUACUGAUUAUGUUCAAUAUUCUUUGAGAGAGCUGUUGCAGAAUGAACGAUUGAUGUCAAAUUACUCGGAGGUAAUUCAACCCAUUGAGUAGCAGCACGCUUCCCAAAGUAGGGCGCAUUAGGAUUUAGGAUACAGUGCCCAUCAUAGAGAUUGUAAAUAACACUAGAGGGGGCAUCAUAAUCCUCAAAGAAAGGGAACACAGCUAUUGGGGGGGGGGGGCAAACAUUUAAAAUGCUAAAAUAGGAGCGAGUUUCAACAAAAAUCUUUAAAUUCUUGUUUAUGGCAGUUGUGUAGUCCCGUUUUGAAUUUUAACCAAGAUUUCUACCUCAGUUUUGUCUCUAACACAUUUUUGAGAAUGCUGAACGCUCCAAAAUAAUGCUGAUGUCAGCAAUUUUGAUUUUUUCAAGAGGAAUUAAUCGUUUGAAUUCAAAAUUUGGGGGGAAUGUUUGUAGUAAUGACAUGCAAAACAUAUAAUUUAAACACCCAGUUUUGUGACUCUUGUUUAAAUUUUUUUUAGUUUCAAGUCUAUAACCCAAGAAUUAUGCGGCGUUCAUCUGGGAUUUCAAUUUGCGCCCCCCCCGUUACCGUGCUCCCAAAUUCCACCCUCAAUGCCCCCUCUAGUGUUAUUUAUAAUCUCUGGUGGCAGCCUAUUGAGUGGUAGCUAGCCAGUGAGCUCCAUAUAUACUGGAGCUAGAACUCACAUCAAAGAGUGAAGCCAAAGAUGGGGAUCAUUUUCAGCAUUUGGGGUUUACAAGAAAUUUCCAAGCCCCCCCCGAUAUUUGUAGAAUAAUACAACCUGUAUAAUGCUAUCAAAUGGACCUAUUCCCUAAUGAACAAAUUUUUGAUCUAGACAAGUCUAGACAAAGAUUUCAUCACAGUUGGGAAGAGCAUCACAAAAUUAGUAAUAUUCCGAAGUUUCGUUUCGAAAUGUUGUAAAAUUCGGAUAAUAUAGCCAUGCGAAAUUUGCCGUUUUUCAUUCAUUUUGUAUUACGCACGGGAAAUUGAUACCGCAUUCUGAAGAAAGGUAUCAAUUUCCCGCGCGUAAUACAAAAUGUCUGAAAAACGGCAAACUUCGCAGCGCUAUAUCAUCCGCAUUUUACAACAUUUCGCAACGAAACUUCGGAAUAUUUAUACUAAUUUUGUGAUGCUCUUUCAAGCUGUGAUGAAAUUUUUAUCAUACCAGGUUAUUAAGCAAAUUCCUUCAAAUUUAAUUGCAACCCUUCCCCGUCAUUUUCUUGAAAAAAUUUAAUAGCCCCCCCCCCCCUUCUUGUCAUUUUUAUUUCUAUAUAUGGCCCCUUAUUCCCUUCCAUAAAUAAUGACCGGUCCCUUAUCAAUCAUCAGUGCAAUCGUUGAAAUUGGAGAUUUAUUGAUUUGCGUAUUUGACAAUGAAAUAUGCGCACAUGUUCUGUUCUUACCUGAAUAACCUGAUCGGCCCAAUUUUAGGGCAUGCACACACACACACACCAUGUAUGGUCCACCAAUAAUUCUGAAAGAUGUAUAUCUUUGCGCUGAGGUUCUUGUGAUUGGCUGUUGUCGGCUUCGAGGUUCUCGAUAUCUUUCUCUGGAACUUCUUCGAUGACACCAGAAGAAAGCUAUUCCCUUAUGAUCUGAUCAUAUUCCUUGAGAAGCUCUGGUUUCUUUUGUAACUUGAAAUGCAUCGAUCGUAGUCGGUUUCUGGAUAACUCGUAGUUGUUUGGAAUGGGUAAGUGUUCACCCUUCCAAGGUAGACUGACUUCGUAACGGUUUCCUUGUCGAUAAACAUACUCAGAGAACUCUUCACUCUGUACUGGGUCUUCGGAUGGAUGGAUGCCAAUUGACUCGGUCUCCCAAAACUUCUUCAAUGUGUCGACUACGUUCUGUUAUUCAUCAUAGGUACCAUAGUUGAAUGUCUCGCUCUGUCCGGAUAUGAUCAAGUUUGACUGUAUUUCGGUUGGCGCAGCUGAAUCAUGAAGUGGACCUGACAGCAGCCAUCCGAGUUUGCUACUUACAGCUACUGGACCAGAUUCUUCCUUCUGCAUUUCUCCAAUAACUAUUUGCCAAUAAUAGUCGGAACCAAUAAGAACAUCUAUUGAUUCAUUUCUAUCGUGUUCGAACUCAUCAGCUAGUUCAAGACCAUCAAGGUGUUGGAAGUCUUCGAUGUUGACUCGAGUGGAUAGAGAUGAGCAAAUUACUGGAAAACUGAGAGCCUUUAUUGUUAAUUUGCCAUGAUCUUUGCCUUCGAGAUUAAAUUCAACCAAGUCACAAUUUUGCUUGCGAAAUUUGGAAUUACCAAACGUAUUUAAGUUUAGUGUUUCAUUCUUGACAGGUUUGAGGUUUAAUCUUGUUUUGAGGCUGUUGCUGAUAUAUUUUCGCUGGCUUCCGCUGUCGAAAAGGACUCUUACUUUUGCUGAUCUUGUUCCAUUGGAAUUAGUUGCUGUAGUUCUCGCUGUUUGAAGAAGCACUGUUCCCUUGCUUCGCACGUUACUUGUAGUUGUGGUUCCCUUUGAUUCCUCUGUUGUUUUGUUGCGGUCGGACUUGUUGUCAGGGAUUGGGGAUUUCAAGGUGUUACAAAUGGAUUGGUGGUGUUUUUGCUUGCAAUGUCUACAACCCUUGGAGCUUUGACAAUUAGAAACGCGAUGACCAAUUCUAGGACAGUUAAAACAUCGAUUGGUAUUCCGAAGAAUAUUUUGUCGCUUUUCUGGAUCAGUAACCUUUGUGCAGGAUGCGGAAUAAUGAAGUUCCUUACAAUAAGCUCAGCGAACAGUUUAAUUCUGGUCGUCUUUCGAUAGGAAGGAUCCGGCAGUCGGUUUAUGUCCCUGCCAUUUACUACCCUGUUGUCGUAUGUGGUCAUCAGCUUUGAUUCUUUCAGACGCCUCUCUUGCUUCUACUUCUUUCUUAAUAAUAUUUAAGAGUUCGUCAAUUUUCCAUACAUCUUGUGUUGAGUUUCGCGCAAUUUGAAGACGAAUUUCAUUUGGCAACUUAGACAUGAUCACAGGAAUUAACAAACUUAAUUUUUAAUCUUUAAUAAAAUUUCUUUUAACACGGUAGCGUAUUCAGUAUAAUAGAUAGAUUUAGAUCGAGGACGCGGACGUCAAAGACGACGUGAAAAUGGCGUGUCGUGCCCAUGUAUGGACAUGCCACGCCAUUUUGACGCCAUUUUCACGUCGUCUUUGACGUCCGCGUCCUCGAUCUAAAUCUGUCUAAUAUAUACAGUCUGUUUUUCGAAGGGCCGUGCUAUAUAGUAUUAAACACACAUUAACUAUGGAUAUUUACAGUUAAUUACAGCACAUAAUUAUACAUUAUUCAUGUGCAAGCUUAAGGGUUAAACGCCGUUUGAAAUCGGGUAAAGAUAAAUCCUGAAUGUUAUUAGUUACUUCAUCCGAUAAUUCGUUCCACCCUUGUGCUGCUCUACAAGAGAAACUUCUUUUAAGAAAGUAAGUUCUUGGUUUAGGCAAAGAUAGUUUAACAUUAUUGCUUCUUAGAGAAUAAUUACUAUUUUCGCAUCUCGUGAAGAAAUUCUGCACAUAAUCAGGUAGUCUGUUAGUUAAAGCUUUAAACGUUAUAAUGAUUUCUCUUUUCUUUAAAAUGUCUUCAAUUGGCAUCCAAUUGAGACUUUCUAGUAUUUGAGUGGAACGAACAUCGUAUGAUUGUCCUGUGAUAACCCGAGCUGCUCUUCUUUGUAACUUAGAGAGUUUGUUAAGAAUGGUAUUAGAUCCAUCAUUCCAUAUUGUUGAGCAAUAUGUCAGGUGAGGAGAUACUAGAGCAUUAUACAUUUUUAUUAGAAUGUGUAAAGGAACAAAGGACUUGGCUCUUUUUAGUAAUGCAAUACUUUGAGAUUUUUUUUACAAUUGUGCGUCAAUGUGUAUACCCCACUUUAAUUGAUCGUUGAUGAUAAAACCAAGAGAUUUUUUGUUGGUGACCCGUUUAAUAUUAUUAUCUCGUAUGGCUAAUGAAAUCUCUGGGUUGUCUUCAAAUUUAGUAAGAUGAUGUCUAGAGCCAAUUAUUAUAAAUUCCGUUUUGCUAUCGUUUAGCGUGAGUUUGUUACAUCUAAGCCAACUAUGAACAUUCUCAAGAUCUCUUUUAAGUUUAGUCUCGAUUUCAUUGGCAUCUAAGCCGGCACACGAAAGAUUUGUGUCAUCAGCAAACAAGUUGGCCUUGGUUGUUUCUAGACACUUAGGUAGAUCGUUAAUAUACAAGAGGAAUAGGAUGGGGCCAAGGUUAGAACCUUGUGGUACCCCACACCUAAUUUCUUUAGCAUGUGAUUUUUUCCCAUUCAUUAAACAAAUCGAUUUUCUAUUUUGGAUGUAAGAUUCAAACCAUGCGUAAGUAGUUCCUUUUAUGCCGUAUAGGUGAAGUUUCUUUAAUAAGAUUUCAUGGUCGACAGUGUCAAAAGCUUUUUUCAAGUCCAAGAACAGGACUCCAUUGAUUAAGCCACUGUCCAUGUUAUAUAACCACUCAUUUGUCGAACCUAAGAGUGCCGUCUCAGUAGAGUGUUGUGACUGCCAUAUUGAUCAGCAGAAAUACCCAGAGUUGCUAAUCCCCUUGUAUGCACGCUUGUCUUAUCGUAAACUAACCUGAGAGUGUCUAACUUGUCACUUGUACAGCUUGGGAUUUUUAACAGUAAUAAACAAUGCUUGUAUAUACAAUGCUUCUCGUCUGUCGAUAAUUUUCGUUGCAAUCACGUUUAUUCCUCGGCUUUAAUCGUUGUUUUAAUCGUUACACUGAACGAGCUUUUUCACGUUGGGCGCCAUGUAUUGAAUAUCGUAUUUAUUUUUAUAAUUUCUUGAACAUUUGGUAUAAAAUAUCAACGUAAAACUCUAUACAAAGAGCUAUAAAUCGUAUUGUGUUCGAGCUAUAAAAUCGUAUCGUGUUCAAGCUAUGAAUCGAAUUACCUUUGUUUCUAUAGCAACAGUUCUGCUAUUGGUUGGCAUAAAUUAAGUCAACAUAAAUUAAAUUUAAUUUAAAUGUUUAUCACACAUGAUUAAUUGAUCAUCGUAGAAAAAGUAUGUAAUGUCAGUCAAAUGGCACAACUCGGGACUCCUUAUUCAUUUCAUCAAGUAACCCAUGUUCUGAAAGAUUUGCAUAAUUUGCAUUUAGAGCCUAAACCGAAACAUAGCAUACAUCUUUAAAAUCCCCCUUCCCCAAUAUUUCGUGAAGUGUUCGCGACUGCCCUAAUAUAAUAUAAAAUCCCAAUCUCUAACGAAUCCAAUGUGUUUAGGGUUCAGCUGUCUACAAAGCUUUUACGUACUACAAGUCCUGUAUGGAUGAGAGUUCUAUUAAAAAUUAUGGGAAUAAACCAGUUCUUGAUGUGAUAGAAAAAUAUGGCUCAUGGAAUAUCACAAACAAGAACUGGAAUGGAGAUUCUUGGAUAUUGGAAAAAAUUCUUGCAAGGGUGUUGGUUGAUCUUAAAACUCCAGCGUUUCUAGCUUUGGAUAUAAAACCAUCUUUCUUUAACACAUCUGAAAUUUUUGUCACGGUAAGUUGAAGAGCUGCAUCGGGAACACCCAUUAGUAAGCGAAGCCGUUAUUGUCCUGCCCCACCACGUAAUACCUACGUAAUUGAUCCAGUCAUGUGCACCAGGGCUCGAAUUUUAUCGCGGCAAUUGCCGUAGAGAGAGAACAAAAUGCCGUGGAUCAUUGCGGCAACGACGGCAAUUUUUUGCCGUAUAGUGCAAUUUUUAUACUCUUCAGAUGUUGAUCAAAUCAUGCGUAAAUCACUAUUAGUCUGAGUUUUCUUCGGAAAAAAAAACACUAAAGAAAUACGUAGACAUGUUUCUAGCUUGUCCAAAAUCCAAAGUAACAAUAAAAUUAAAGUUUUAUUAUAGUAGUUUGAAAAAUGCCGUGGAAACUGUCAAAAUUGCCGUAGGCAGCUGUUACGUUCGACGGCAAUUUUUAACGUCAGUGCCGUCGAUUGAUUUCAGGGAAAUUCCAGGCCUGAUGUGCACAGGCCUGGAAUUUCCCGAAAACCUCCCCACGGGAAAAAUUGCCGUAGAUGGUGGCAGCUGCUCUACGGUAUGCCAUAUGCAUUUUGACCUGUGGUAGAGAUUUACUUCAAGAUUCUGCAGUAAAUAUUUUCUUCUGCGUUGAGAGAUUUCAAUGUUUAUUACUAUUACACACAUACAGUAAUUAUUAUUUUUAAAUAUAAUUCAUUAUUCAUUAACUUCGCCACUUGAUUUACAAGCAUUACCAUAAUUAUUCGUGAUACAAAUCAUCCCUGUCACCACUUUGUCCCUGUCCACAUAAACAUGACUAUUCUACCAGAAUUAAAGAAAAUAGUGACGUAAUGUAGGUAACAUCAUCUAGAACUAAAAGACAUAAAUAAUCCUUUAUGCCUCGGGCAAUUGAAAUUUUAACAAUAAACUUUAAAACAUGACUAUUCUACUAUAGAAUUUACGAAAAUAGUGCUAAUGUAGGUAACAUUACCUUAGGCCGUAUGAGCAUCCAAAAGAUGCAAUUCCGUUGCACCACAUGAAUCAAUAGAUAAAAACUUACUUUAUCAGAAUCCGUUGCUCCCCAAGCGAAACAGGUGCACAAUUGCGAAAAUAAUCUCUCCAAAGUUCGCUAUUUUCCCGCUUCGAAAUAUUCGAACCGCCAUUGUUUUGGUAGCAAAUACGCAUGCGCAAGUCAGCCAAACUCGCACGCGCAAACGCGAAAAAUGGAUUUUCCCUGUGGGUUUUCCUCGAUUUCCCCCGUAAAAACAACAAAAUAAAAUCACGGAAUAAAGAUCAAAACUUGUGAUAUUAAUUACGAAUAAAUACACACACACUAAAUAUUGUUUAAAAUACAUUAUACAUUUCGCUUGCUCAUGUGCUAAAUCACUUCAAUUCAUUGGCUAUUGUUUCAGAAUACCGUUUUAACCUUUAGUUCUACUUAUUAACAUCCUAAUUCAAUACAAAUUUGUGUGAGGUAAAAAAAACCCACCUGUAUCAAACAUGACGGAGAAUAUAUAAAUAUACAUACGAUUCACACGAUCAAGGAACAAAUUUAAAUAUUUCGCUAAAGAAACAAACGUAAGAAACAUUGUCGCGGAAAUAUUCGUGAUUGUCAAUGUUUGCUCAAAUGUUUCCCUGUCUCCCACAUCUGGAAACAUUGGCUUUAAUGGCAGAAACAAAAUUUGCUUCCUGGAAAACAAAAAUAUUUCCUACCAAAUUAGAAACAUUUGAUGAAACACUCUUUCUCUGUUUGCCGACGCUGGUAAGACAAUAUAAAAUACCGAAACAUUAGUAAGACAAAUAAUAUGACAAAUAUCUUUGCGCAACAAUAUUUCCCAGUUUGUCCCGGGCAUUAAGGGAUAUUUAUAUAAACUCCUAGGAAAACCUCUGAUUGAAUCUUUAAUGAAUCAUCAGGGGCGUUGGAGCGGCUCUAAAAGUGGGCGGGCACACUUCGCCCUAACGCACACUUUGCCCUAGCGCACACUUAGUGACAUUCUAGGGGGAUCUGGGGGCAUGCCCCUCCUGAAAAAUUUUGAAACUAUAGAGUCUCUGAAAUGCCAUUUCCUGCACUUUAGAAGGAGAUUUACAGAGUUCUAAAGGUAACAAAAUGUCAUAAAAUAUCUCAAAUUGUUUUGUCUACACGCGUAUAACUGAAAUAAUAUCAAUAAAAAAUGGGAGGGGGGAGGGGCAAAGACAUUUAGGCCCCCCAAACUAAAAAGUGGGGGCGCGGGGCUCCCCCUCUGACGUCCCAGGCUAUUGCAAGAUAUGUUUGGCGCUUCUUAAAUUGUGCGUUCCAUCCAUCGCUUAAGUAUAUUCUAUGGAUACCAAUCUUGGAUUUGGACCAACUUUUCCAUUCGUUCCCACCAUGUUUUCCAACCAUCUGUUCCAACCAACGAAGCCGGACUGCACCAGUGAAGGACCUUUAACUGUGGAAGAAACAUGUCCCAGGCAUCAACUCGAAAUUCAUCAUAAAAAAAAGAUAAAUUGGGAGGAAAUAUAAAAUCCAUAAUUUCAUCAUAACUAUCUAUAAUUGAAAGACCUGUUUUUCAUCCUUGAGCCCAGAUUUUCAUCAGUGCAAGAUCAUCCCACUUAUUGGAUCCUGGCUUAGGGUCUACCAGCCUACGCUCAAAACGAGAUUGCAUGUAUUCCACAAUAAGCUGUUCUGGCUUUUGUCUGGUAAAGUUCUACUUCUCGUAUUUAACUAUUACAUAUAUUAUAUUCUGACAUAGGUUGGUAUUUGGCCACUAUCUAGAAAAACGAGGAACGAUUCAACCUGGUUUUUCGUGCCCAUACUUGUUGACUUUUUCUUAUAGAUUUGCUGCUGCGGCGGCGCCAGGAUGCGUUUCAGCUCCUCCGCUAGGGUGCGUUUCAGCUUCUCAACCAUGACCAAAUACUGAUCUGCUGCACUGCGCAGAUAAUACCUAAGUGCAUUACCAUCAUUGUUCUUCAAAUAUGCCAUCAAAUCCAGUGUCAUCGCCAUCAAGUUCGAAUAAUAGGUCAUCAUCUGAGAAAUCGUUCUCGUCUGUAUUCUGGUCGGGAGAAUUUAUGCAAUCGCAACUGGAACAAAGACCAGUACACUUCUAUUCUCGGCUUUUUAACAGGCACAACGUCUUGGUGAAUAUCCAGACUUACAACCACAGUAACGUUUUCCAAAUUUCCAUCAGGAGUUGCCGGCUUCCAUCUGAUAUUGACUUGCCUUUCGUUUACUUCCCAACCCAACUCGCUGAUUGAACACCAUGCCAUGCACGAAUGACGUUGUUUUACUUCAUACAAAUCGUACAUCAUCAAUAUGCCGCAUAUGGAAAGGUGGAUGAAAACAUGUCUUUCAAUUAUAGAUAGUUAUGAUGAAAUUGUGGAUUUUAUAUUUCCUCCCAAUUGAAUUCCGAGUUAUAAUGAAUUUCGAGUUGGAGCUUGGGACAUGUUUCUUUCACAGUUAAAGGUCCUUCACUGGUCCGGCUUCGUCGGUUGGGACAGAUGGUUGGAAAAGAUGGUUGGAACGAAUGGAAAAGUUUAAGAUUGAUCUAUAGAAUAUACUUACGCGAUGGAUGGAACGCUCAAUUUAAGAAGCGCCAAACAUAUCUUGCAUAGUUAUUCGAUAAUACAUUAAAAUAAAAAUUCAAUCAGAGGUUUUCGUAGGAAUUUAUAUAAAUAUCCCUUAAUGCCCGGGACAAACCGGGAAACAUUGUUGCGCAAAGUCAAAGAUAUUUGUCAUAUUAUUUGUCUUACCAAUAUUUCUGUAUGUCAUAUUGUCUUACCAGCGUCGGCAAACGGUGAGAGUGUUUCAUCAAAUGUUUCUGAAUUUGGUAGCAAAUAUAGUUAUUAUUUUCGCUUUCCGGGAAGCAAAUUUUGUUUCUGCAAUAAAAGCCAAUGUUUCCAGAUGUGGGAGACAAGGAACCACAUGGGCCUAAUCUUUCGGGGGGCAGUAUUAGUUUGCCCGACUGCUUUGCUUACACAGUACACAUCUACAACUUUGUUCGAGAUUUUAUCAGGGCCUUUUUUAAGAAUUUUCCCGUGGGGGGGGGGCAUUUUUUGAAAAGUGACCUUUCUGUCAGGGGGGUCUGGGGGCAUAGUACCACAGAAAAUGAAAUUUGAAGCCCGGAAAUGCAAUUUCCUGCAUUCUGAGCAUCCAAAUUUGCUACAAAAUUUAUGCUAACUAUAUAACUAACUUCAUAAUCUUUGCCAUAAGCCAUCAUCAUUCAUAUACACUCGCUCUCUUUCUCUCGCCUUCGCAUCCCCCUCCUAGCUUCUCCCACCCUCGCCCUCCCCCCUAAAUAGCGCCUGCUACGCAGGCUAUAUACAGCCAGGUGUUCUUUUUAUAUGGCAAGGUAUAUUAAAAGCAAUUAAUAUUGGCAUUAUUAUGUUUAAUUAUUCAUUGUAGACCGCGGUUCUUAUCAACUUUGCCCGACCAUAUUUUUUUUUUUUUGAGGGGGAGGCACAUGCCCCCUAGCCUGCUCACAGACGUUGUAGUUCUUACGCCAAGCGACGAAAUACUACCGUUUGCUUACCCGAGCGCCAAACUGAAUUCCGCUACGUCGACCAAUCAGAAUUUACCUUCCAAAUUCUGGAAAGUGACGUCAGUUGAUUUAGGAGCGGAAUAAAUAUAAAUAUAUAUUUUGAAAGCAGUCGUCGGUUGAAUUUUGGUCAAAAUUGCACAUAAAUUGAAUUUAAAGAUACUGAUACUUGUCCAGGUAAUAAAUGCACCAUUAAUGAUCAGAUUAUAUUUAAAACGCGGACAGGAUUGGCAUAUUAUUUAAUAUUAAUAAUACUGUAUGAAUCUUAGCCAGACAGGCAUCAAAUGCCGAAUAUAUUUCGCUGAAAUUUUGACGGUUUAUCCUUUGUUUAUCGGAAGACAGAAAAUUUUAUAUAAUACUGUGGCUUAGAAAGCGAAAUAUUAGCUUCAAAGUAAACUAAUUUGCUGUUUGAGCAACCACUUCUGAAUGUAAACUGUAAACACAACACAAACCCGAGAAACUUGUAUUAAAAUUGCGCCGUGAUGAGUUUUCCAAUUCGCUCAAACUUCGAAACGUUUAUACUCUAUUAAACUCUUGGCUAUACUUUUCUACAUGACAAUGAGAGCUUAAUCUUUUAGAAGUUUUCGUCGAAGUCAUGGCAUAUAGGAAGUAUCAAGAGCAACAUUUGGACAUAUUCUGAUAUACACAAGUCCCGAUUGAUUGUUUGUCAUUGUUACAAAAAUUUAAAUUUCGCCUACUGCAUUGCUUUAGCACUUUAUAUACACCGAUUGUUUGCUGAACAUGCGAGAAGAUGAUCACAAUAUUAUUCUACGUAAACAUCGUGAAGUUCAACGCUAUAGUUUCCAAAAUAUAUCCACGCAAGUAAACAAAUUUCAAGUUUCACCCAAACAAUAUAUUCCGAUGCAUGUGCAAGGGCUUUCCCCAGUAGCUAAUCUUUCAAUAAGGCGGCUUCCAAUUGGCUCUAACUUUUUUGAACACUGCCAGAUGAUUGGCUCCUAAAACAAAGGGAAUUGAAUAUGCAGCUCGGGUAAGCAGACGGUAGUAUUUCGUCGCUUGGCGUAAGAACUACAACGUCUGUGAGCAGGCUACAUGCCCCCUCCCUCCCGGCCGAUACGCCUAUGGGGAACCGUUUGAGCAAACAUUGAACAUCGCGAAUACUUCCGCAACAAUGUUUCUUGCGUUUGGCCAAGGCUAUAGUUUAGCGAAAUAGUUAAUUUGUUCCUUGAUCGUGUGAAUUCUCCAUCCUGUUUGAUACACAAAUUUGUAUUGCAUUAGGAUGUUAAUAAGUAGAAUUAAACGUUAAAACGGUAUUUUGAAACAAUAGCUAAUGAAUUGAAGUGAUUUAGCAUAUGAGCAAGCAAAAUGUACAAUGUAUUUUAAACAAUAUUUAAUGUGUGUGUAUAUUUAUUCGUUAAUAUCACAAGGUUUGAUCUUUAUUCCGUGAUUUUACCCUUUUGUUUUUAUGGGGGAAAUCGGGGAAAACCCACAGGGAAAAUCCAUUUUUCGCGUCUGCGCGUACGCAGUGCGAGUUUGGCUGACUUGCGCAUGCGUAUUUGCUACCAAAACAAUGGCGGUUCGAAUAUUUCGAAGUGGGAAAAUAGCGAACUUUAUAGGGAUUAUUUUCGCAAUUGUGCACCUGUUUCGCUUGGGGAGCAACGGAUUCUGAUAAAGUAAGUUUUUAUCUAUUGAUUUAUGUGAAAAUUAUGUAGUUCCAGGAGGGGUGCAACGGAAUCCGUUUUCUAUUAAGCAUCUUUUGGAUGCUCAUCCUACGGCCUACCUGUAUUAGCUGUAUAUGUCAAGAACUGAAAGACAUAAAUAAUCGUUUAUGCCUCGGGUAAUUGAAAUUUUUGACAAUAAACUUGAAAUUUUUAUUGUAAUAUAUGAAUUAAAAAUGAAAAUUAAAGUCCAGCAAAUGACUUUCAGACAAGACAUAACAAAAAUAUAAAAUAUUAAAAUUUAUUGGCUAACGUUUCGUUGUAUUGUUCACAACAUCUUCAGAGCAAUUAAACUUAUUUACAAGCGUGUAUUAUAUAAUUAUGUAUUAUACAAAUUUUUAAACGGUUACAUUAUUCAAAUACGCGAGUAAGAGGAAGGGAUGAAAAACAACCUAUCAUUAAAAAUAUUAGUAAAUUAAAGAUAUAAUGGUUAGUAAUUAGAGACCUAGGGCGCUUUCCAUUUAAUGGCCUGACCAGUCAGACCCAAAUUAUUUUCUCUGUAUCAAUGGAAAGAUCUGGUCUAUGUUUCUCAAAUAUCUAGCGAAAAUGGACCUCACUCUAAUGUUAUCUAGAUUUUCCUGUCAGAUAGGUCCGAAGCCCAAAUGUUUUGUGUUCCAUUCAACAUUUUGACCAUUGUGACCGGUCUGGCCGUGUUAAUGGAAAGCGCCUCAGCAAAGCAUUAGAAUAGGUCAAGAGGAGUUGACCUAAUGUUGGCAUUUAAAAUAGGAUUAAGCUUGGAAAUGAAAAGGCUUUCGAGAAUGAGUAAAUCCGCUUUAGAAGUAGCAAUGGAAAGGAUUUUAAAAUCAGAGGGUGAAAUUUGAUGUUUAGUGGUAUGGAUAUGAGCGAGUAUGCCUGACAUGGUUGAAACAGAACGUUUCUUUCCAAUCAAAGGUGAAACACCCAUGUGUUCAGAGAUACGCGUGUGUAUGUGUCGGCGAGUUUGACCAACAUACAAUGCACCACAGCAUUGGCACUUAUAUAAAUACACAACAUGGGAUCUCAGUUUACAGGGAAUUUUGUCCUUAAAUGGAAAGAAGUUGGAAAGACAGAAAGAAGGACGAAAGACGACACGUAGGCUAAGGAAAUAUGUGGAUUCCUCCACCUUCCUCUAGUAAUUACUUUAUGAUCGGUCCCUAAUAAACUGUUUUAUUGCACAUUGUAUUUUCAUUAAACACCUUCGACAAACAAUCAGUGAAUUGCGGCACAAAACAACGUUUCAAUCUCAAACAAGGACUGCAAACAAAUUAAAAUAUCACAAAAACAGCACUCAUGAGUCAUGUACAGUAUCAGAAAACUGACUCAUUUACCUACUAAGGUUCCGAUAAAAAUGUGAAAAAAUAAAAAACGUCGUGCGUUCAUGUUGAUGUUUCUUGCAUAUUAUAUACCGCUGGCUCAACCUACAGUCGACCUUGUUAUCUGCUACCAGAUAACACUGUUAUCUUGAUUUCCAUAUUUAGCUGUAAGCUUUAUUGUCCAAUCGGAACACACGUAAUGACUACAGUUUUUAACACCAUAUGUAGAUCAGUGGGGGAAAUUCUGGUUAUGACGAGAGACUAGUGGAUAAAAAAAAAUCACGUCCAAGGCACUCGGAAAAACAUUCAGAAGUUGAGGUACGUAUGUUCAUCUUUGAAAUGCUAUUAUUAGGGGGUGUUUACACGGUCCCUACAUGGAGGGCUGACCCUGCACACGCAGGCCGACACCCUCCAAAAAUUUCACAAUGGUCCCCUUGGCUUAGACGUUCAGGGGGGCGAGUGCCUUUCGUAAGUGUACUGGCUAGGAAAAUGGCGAUAACAUUGCUAGUGUUUUGCACUGCUUUGCGAUUACGAAUGCGUGGCGGCGGUUACGGGGUUACGGAUACCCUGUGCAGAAUCUCUCUAAUACAGCAAGUGUAUGUUGUUGUCAGGUUAGCGGCUGGGUAUUGUCCAAGAGCCACCAUUGGCAUCCAGUUAUCCCAAAUCCAGUUACCAUUUUCCCAUGAGCUGUAUACCAUAGACCACUAUCCGGUAUCAUCAGGUGUCUUGCAAAACAGUAUCCCAGCUACUCAACUAGUAUCCCUGCACAUCCCCAGUAUAAUUAUAUAGUGCAUGGCUUUAGCAGACCUAUUUCCUUUUUUUAUAGGAUUUUGAUAUCUACAAAGAUUACAAGAAGUUAAUGUCCACUGUGUUUAAGCUGCUUGGUUCUAACUCCACUGUAGACGAAGAAGUGAAUCGCAUUGUUGAUUUGGAAGGAGGUUUUAGGAGUGUAUGGAUUAUUUCUUGCAUAUCUUUUUUUCAUCUUAGAGCAUACUAAGGACAGUUAAACUUUUCACUCAAGUACCUACAAUGAAUAAAAUUAAAAUCGUAAAAAUUAAAAACUACUGAAAUAUCACGGAAACAAAAUAAAACUUGUCAAAAUUAAAAAGCGCGCGAUUUUCUGUUAUUGGGCCAUCCAGAAAGGGUCGGAAAUAUUAUAAUACCAUUUUUAUGUACUAGUUAAAACAUGAGCAGCCGAUCUUUAUCUGAUAUACAAACUCGAGCCGAAGGUGGCGAGAGUUUGUAUAUUAGAUAAAGAUCGGAUGCGAAUAACGUACUUAAAAAACGUCCCAUCUUAUGAGUUCAUUGACGAAGUAAUUUUAAAAAUAAACAUUGUCUAAGCCGAGAAAAUCAAAGCUGAAGUUUAUGUAAAUCAGGACAAAUCUUUAUCCGAUUUACAAACAUUGAUUAAACAUAUUGAAUUUUCUUCCUGCAUUAUUAAUGAGAUUUUAAAAAAUAUAUAUAUUAGAUGUAUUCGGAAAUUGAUUUUAAAGCAUGUACUAACCUAUUUUUAAUAGUUAGAAUGAGAAUUAUUAAAGUGCCCCUAACCCCAAAAUUGAUUUUUAGCUUAUUAACACGUAUGCUACCAGCAGAGUAGCUUCCACGGAGCGUUAGGCUGGUGAGACUAUGGAAGUAAUACAGCUUCAGAAAAUCCGUGUUGUAUAAGUAUAAACCACUAAAGAAGAGCGCGCUUGUUUUUUCGAAAGUAUUGAUUCUUGUAGUUUGCCUAGGAGUUUGCGCUAAUGGUGAAAAUGGGUUUGUUAUUGGUGGUGGAUCCGCCCCUGCUGCGAGAUGAGAAAUUUCCCGUGUUUCCAUACAGUUAUAGAAACACCCCAAUCGACCAAUCAAUGCUCGCGUACUAUAAAUGUUAUUUUAUGAUUGGACUUGAAUAAAUAUCUUCCCCUGAAAAGGGAAUGGUUUAUUGGAGAGAGUAAAAUCAGAAGAAAUACUUUCUCAAGUAGAACACGUGAUACUAAAGCUAAGUUAUCCAUUUUGUAGGUACAUCGCAUUUUUAACCCAUAUGACGUAAAAAAGCUUAGAAAGAAUGUGAAAUUUAUGACAGUCAACGAGUUGAAUAAUUUCACGUCGUUCAAGGUACGAUUUAAAAAUUACCAUUUUGUCGAACGCGUUCUAUUGCACGCUCAGUCGUGCAUUUUUGUAGCAUACGGUUUGUCCAAUUGCACGCUUGGGUUUUCAUUAAAUUCCAUCCGUCCGAAUCUUAAUCGUAUCCUAAUCGUAGCUCAUGUAGCCCAAAUGUUCAUAAUGAGGCUGAUGGAAUUGAAAUUCAAAUGCAUCAAAUGUUCAUAAUGAGGCUGAUGGAAUUGAAAUUCAAAUGCAUAAUUUGUGCGAAGCAAAAUGGCGGGUGAAAAAGUCACUAAAAUAUUACUUUUUACGACAAUGUUAAGUUAAAUAAAUGCCAUUAUUAUAUCAACAUAAGUGUUAUAUAGAGUUUUUGGCCACUGAGAAAAAUCGUAUGUAAACACACGUAAAAAAUACGAUAUUUUUACGUGUGAAAAUAUCAUUCGUUGUAAAACGCAUUGCCACGGACGUUUUGUUGUUUUUCACUUAAUUUUGUUUAUAUAAUAAACAGAAAAAUACAUGGAUGCUUGGAAAUACCAGAUUUCUUUCUCUUGUUGAACAUGAUAUCUCACUCGUUCGCUGCGCUCACUCGUGAGAUAUCAUGCUCAACACUCAAAAUAAAUCUGGUAUUUCCGCGCACCCAUGUAUUAUUCUCUAUUUAUUACAUUAACUCUUCACGCAAACAUUUUUUUGGACAUGUUUGUUGGUUUUCUAGUAAUUUUAACAUUGUACAUGCAACUCGGGUAUGUAUUUGUUUUGGAAAAUUCCAUCUUUCACCUCAUGAAAAUAUUUUUACCAUUGCACUCACAAACAUUCAUUAUUUAUAUACUAUACGAUACUGCAUACCAUACUGCAUACCAUACUGCAUACCAUACUGCAUACCAUACUGCAUACCAAAAUGCAUACCAUACUGCAUACCAUACUGUACCGUACCAUACCAUAUAUACCAUACCAUACCAUACUAUAUCAUGCCAUAUACUAUACCAAGCUACAUAUCAUACCACCCCAUACUUUACUUUACCUCAUAUAAAAGCACCCCCUAAGCUAACUUGCGUACCUUACUGUACCAUUUCCAACUUUUCCAGUUUAAUUGGACAAUGUAUUUUGAGGAAGUACUUCAUGGCACAAAUAAAUCAGUUCCGGCAUCUGACCAAAAAGUGAUGAUAGUUCUUCCUGAUGCUGUCAAGAACAUUGUUCUCUGGCUUGUAGACAAACCCAAGAGGUAAGCAAUUGCCAUUCAAUACUCGUAUACUCAACUUGCUUUGUUGUCGAAAUGUUCUGAAUUUAGAAAUAAAAGAUUUGGCGUUACAAAGGUUCAAAUUAUAGAGGUUCAGAUUUGACUUCCAUUACCGCUACCACUGCCUCUCACUGGCUUAGUAGGCAUCUGAUUGGUUAAUUGGAUAUAUCAACCGCAUCUGUAAAGGUGAAAAAUUGAAAAAUGUUUUUGAGACAUUAAGAGAAUAGUAGUCUCCCAUCCCCUGCCAACCCUCUCCUAGUGUCGUAUACCCCACUGUAUUAUUCCCCCCCUUCAUUUUAGUUUAUUAGCGAACGAAAUAAUUUGGAAUGUUAUUCGAACCUUAAUCAAUGCUCUACCUGAGGCAUUUAGAGAAGCACAAGAGAAAUAUAUUCAAAGUUUUGCAAGUAUAAAAAGAACUGCUUCCAGAUGGAAGACAUGUACUCGUUUGACCGACAGUUAUUUUGCAUAUGCUACAGCACUACUGUUUGUGAAUGAAAACUUGUCAGAAGCUGCCAGGAUUAAAGCGGUAAGAUUAUAUUUUAUUAUAUGUCGGUGGAAUCCAUUUGUUUAUAAUUGUAGUAUAGGAGUUUUUACCGACAUGCAGGCCUGCAAUUAAUUAAAUGUCGUUGGAGCGACAAAUGUCUGGCCAAUAUAUUUAUAUCAGUUUUUCUCGGGCAAUGGGCAGAGUAAAGACAAAGUGGGGUAUAACUCAGUUCAGGUUAAAAAAAUGGUGCGAUAUAAAUCAAGCAUAUUUUAUGUAUCGUGUCCUUUUUUAAAUCGGAAGAUGAUGUUUACUCUAAAACGUAGACUUGGAUCAAGUCCGUCUCUCUAGAAUCCGAGUCGCGAAGCGACGAGAUCGAGCGCGCGCGAAGUUCCAAAACGUUGCAUAUAAUAAAAUGAUUAUUUGCUAAGUAUUAUCUGCUAAGUCAGUGACAUAAGAACAUUUUUCAAACAGAAUAAUUUAUGGAUACAAUGAAUACAAAACAGUAAAUUUACGAAAAUAAUACUAUUGACCAUAAGGAUUGGGUAAAUUUAAUUUUCGUUCUAAAACUUUUUGUAGUCAUUUUUGUGGUUUAUUAGCCUGAAGACGGCAGCUUUACUGCCCGCGAAACGUUGCAAAAAUUCUUAAUAACUUGCCUUCAUUUCCACCGUAUUGAAUGUGGUCUUUCCAGUAAUUACCAUACCCUCUAAUUAUUGAAGGGAUUUAAUUCUAUCGAAUGAGAUGCCCAAAAUCCUGAUAUUUACCCAUACGUAACUGCUCUUGGUUUGGUCUAAUAAUAUACACUUAAUGUCUGCACCCGAGGGAAAUAGUUUUGUUUUCCCGAGAAUCUCAAUGUUUUCCGAGACGAAGUCGAGGGAAACAUUGAGAUUCGAGGGAAAACAAAACUAACUAUUUCCCGAGGGAAAAGACGUUAAGUGUUUUGUUAUAUAGCGACGAAACAAAUAUUAUCAACAUUGAACAACAUUCAUACAACAAUAUUUGUAUUUCAUGACAAAAACUCUAUAGCGUAAACGAGUUUAAAAUUUAAAAAACCUACUUAAAUGGUUUCAGCAGCAUAUCCUGUUGCCUGUUAUGUAUUUUUCUUCUCUUUUACAUUCUUUAUUCUAACACAAAGCCACGAAAACAGUAGUUUAAAUAGUAUAAACUUGUGCAGCCAUUUUGUUUAUUUAUGUACGUAGCCGGUCGGGGCAGGCAACAAUUUUUCACUUAUUGCCCGGGCGGGAUACAUUGCAUUUAUCUAAAGCCACGUGACUACAAAUCAGCCAAUCACGUUCGGUGUUCACACUAGCUAUAUAACAAUAGUGCAUGUAACACCGUUUCACUGUAACUUCAUUUAAUACAUAGAGAAUAAUACAUGGGUGCUUGGAAAUACCAGAUUUAACACGAGAAUUAAAUCUGGUAUUUCCAAGUACCCAUGUAUUUUUCUGUUCAAAAUUCAGUGAAAAACAACAAAACGUUCGUGGCAAUGCGUUUUACAACAUGUACAAAUGAUAUUUUCACACGUAAAACUAUCGUAUUUUUACGUGUGUUUAAAUACGAUUUUUCUCAGUGGCCAAAAACUCUAUAUAACACUUAUGUUUAUAUAAUAAAUCUUUAUAGGCAGCGGAAAUGUUUAGAGAGAUAAAAAGUGAAUUCAUUGAUGGCUUGGAAGAACAAACAUGGAUGGACAAUGCAACGCGCGCUCAGGCUCGCCUUAAGGUCAGUGACACGAAUGGCAAGAAAGUACGCGGCUUCAGAAAUGAAAAGAGAAAAUGCAUGGUGACAACUCAUUCCAGAAAGUGUGUGUGUGUGUGGGGGGGAGGGGGGAGCCGGCCGGUGGACUGGAGGCAUGUGCCCCCCUUCAAUGUUAUGGUAUUUUCACACGAUUUCUUGGGGCAAAACGUAUAAUUUUUAUUUUUCAAUUGAAACUUUGAAAUGCUGUGGGAUAGGUGUUUUUAGAGGUUAUAUCCAUUCAGAAGAUUUGUUUUUUUAAAGAAAUUAAGAAUUUCAAUCGCAAAAUGAUGUCAGUCCACCACAACUCAACAAGUAUUAAUCAUGGCAAAGUAUGGUAAAAGGUGGAGGGUGUUUAUAUAUUUAUCACCCUUACCCCAAAUAGUGGCAGGAAGCGCCCCCCUCCAGGCGCCCUUGAGCAGAUGGUCUACUUAUUUUAUUAUAUAAUAGUGAUUACUUUUUACGUAUAACCAGCUAAAGAAAAUGAAGGAAUGGAUUGGUUUUCCAUCGUUUAUUAAGAAUCCUGUCAAGCUGAACAAAUUUUAUGAAAAUGUAAGUUUUUAAUCUUUAGUCUCGCAUCCGAUAUGUACGUUGUACUAUACAAUGUACGAUGUCCGGAUAGAGAAAACAAGUCAGAAUUAAAUACAGGGCCUCUUUUAAGGACGUGUAACUGGAGGGGGACAUAUUUAGCGGGGGACCUCGAGAAGUUCCAGUCUGCACGUCUGUAUCACUGCAGCUACCAGCAUAUAUAUGCAUGGUUGAAGUAAUAAGUAUACGUCAUAGGGCAGCAGAUCAGGCCGUAACUAGGAUUCUGAGACAACCGAGUCGACCACCGAUGUCCCCCAGAAAAGUUUGGAUUUAUUGAAGCUCAGAUAAGCUAUUUCCAGCAUUUUGAGGAAUUUUUCAACAAGAAAUUAACCUUAUAAACAGUGACACAGUUACUGUAAUAAGUGCAAUUUCACAGUCUUCCAAAUGUAAUCCAGUCCCAAUAAGGCAGCAUGGUGUGAUGAUGCUGUAAUGGAAAUGUGCGUGGUAUAGUAUUAUCAUUCACCACACUUUAAAUUCUACUGUACUGCAUGUAUUACAUGUAUUGGGGUACUUUGAAAUCUACGCCUUCGUCUUCUCAGUGUCACUGAAGAGCAAGAUAGGGUGGUCUCUUUGGAGUAUCUUUACUUGGAAAAGCUAAACUAGAAUUUCGUCCUAAAAUGCCAUUUCAUGCCUUGUUCCACGAGUAAAUUAUGUCAGUCCGAUGGUUUAGGUUUCUGACGAUGUUUAAAUUUCAGUCCCCAAAUUCCUACCGAGUCAACUGAAUGGUUACAGGCCAUAGCUAGUUACAGGCCUGCAGAUGAUGGUCGAAUUCAGAAAUGUUAACACCUUAACAUCAUUUUCUCAAUUGCCGACUGCAGGCCGCGGGGCCAGUUAGAUGGCUGGCAUGUCCCCCCAGUCUAUAUGUUGGAAGAGGCCCUGAUUAAAUAUGUUAUCUAUCAUGUGUUUUAGGUUCAGGUCAAUCAAUAUAGUGUUUUGCAAAAUACACUAAGUGCUUUGAAAGAUCAAGUUCUGAAGAACAUAAAUGAAUUGGGAAAACCUCCAAACAAUAGCAGGUAUUCCAACCAAAGGAAAUGUAAUUGAUUUUUUCAUAGUGUUCAUUGUUGAUGAGUCUGCUAAACCAACAUGAUUAUUACAGGGGCGGAUUUACCGUGGCGGUGCAGGGGGGAGGUGCGCCCCCCACUUAGUGGUUUCUAUUACCCCCCCCCCCUCCCCAGAGAAGUGCAGCACCACCCUAAAAAAGCUUGACUAUAGUUUCUACUUUUCGAAUAAUGAUUAGCGGAACUUCUAUUUUUAGUGCUUGUCGAUUUCUUGGAGCAAUUUAAUUAAUUUGUGAGCUCAAGAGAAAAUACUCGGAAUGCUCUAGUUAAAUUUAUGCCAUAUUUACAAAUAUACUGUACGUUAACAAACAAAUUUACUGUGCUGUGCUACAGCAACUGUCCGGUCACGCAUGCGUGGUAAAAAGCCGAUAUAAACUUUAUGAAGAAAAGAUUAUGUAAAACAUAACAGAACGGCGAACAUGCAGAUUCGGCCAUCUCAAUAUAGUAGUAUAGUAUAUAGUCGUAGGAUAGUAGCGUUGCAGAUUGCAGAAAAUAAUGGGCAGUAAGGCUCCCUCAUGCACUACCCCAUGGAAAACCUGCACCCUUCCUUGCAGACAAGGCUAGAUCUACCCCUGAUCAGGGAACAGUUUCCUUCUUUACAACAAAUUAUUCCAGAAUUGAGUAUCGCUUUUUUAACUUCAAUCAAUAAAUCGAUCAAUAACUUCAUCACUAAAUAAAUCAAUAAAUCUUAGGCGGAUCUACUACCGGAGGGGGGUGCGUCCCCUCCCCCCUAUUGCUAUCCAGCUCCGCUUAAGGCCGUGUUCCACAAGGCAGAAUUUUCCGCGCGGAGAGGAAUUUCUCUUUGUCUUUUCUAAUUAGUUCCACCCGAGAAAUCACGAGACAAGGAAAAAUUCCGCUCCGCACGGAAAAUUGCGCCUAGUGGAAAACGACCUUUAGUGCUAUCCAAUGCCCCCUUGAAGAGAGAACUUUGGUAUUUCCCACUUUUUGAGUUAUUAUUAAUUAUAUUGAAACGAUUGAUUUGCGAGUAGGCGCUAUACAUUGCAUACGAUUACUGCGUACUUCAUGCAUGUUAGGAGUAUACACUGCGUAUCCGCGCAGAUGUGUGCUCAUGUCGCAAAAGCUGAUAUGUUGCUGUUUCAUGAUGAUUUCAACAAAAUAAUUUUUCCUUUUCACCGGUUAAGACGAUCAUCAUCCGGUGUCGAACAUUAUAUUUUCUUUUCUGAAAUACAAAGGACAAAUUUGACAGAUAAAUUUAGUGCUCAGAAUGCAGGAAACAACAUUUCCGGGCUUCAAAUUUCAAGAAUGUUGAUGAUGAAAAUAUUUAUUCAGGGAUGUCCGAUUCAGCAUAGCUGGUUUAAACGGAGCCCUGGCUACAAACAAAAUUACAGAAUUACAAAAUUACAACAUAUAUCACAAAUAUUUACAUACAAUCUAAUAUUAUUAUAAAGUAUAAUGAAGGCCUUUAGAAACUUCUUAGGAUCUAUCUUAAAUUUUGAAAAACAAGUUUCAUUUCUAAAACUUGAUGGUAGCAAAUUCCAUGUUUCUGGUCCAUUGUAUCGCAAGGAGCCUUGAUACUUUUCGUUCUUGCUAAAAGUAAUCGGAGUAAAUCCCUAUUUCUAGUAUUAUAGGCAUGGAUUUCAUUUGCGAAUCUAAAAUCAUGCAAUAAUGAUCAUGCCCUCGGACACCCUAGUAAUGCACCUCCCUCUAUCCCCUCUGGGAAAUGGAGCAUGCCCUCGGACGCCCUAGUAAUGCACCCCUCUCCAUCCCCUUUGGGAAACCUCCACCCCUUCUAGGAAAUGAGGCCAGAUGCGUCCUUCAGUCAAUAAUAAAUCAAUGCAAUAAAAAUAUUUCAAUUUUUAACCAAUAGCAUUUACAUAAUUCAGUAACAAUGCAACUACAGUAUAUAUAUGUACAUAACUCAAAACUGAUUUAUUUGAGGUAGUAAUAUUAGCGGCAAGGAGUCAUCCAGCGACCAUAGCACUUAUAAGUAGGAUGUCUCUUUUGAGCCGUUAAUUAAGUAUGUGAAUAUUAAAAGUGGCAUAAGUCAGACAGCAAUUACGGUGAACGUAAUCAUAAAUGUAUAUUACUCAAGUAAGUAUUUCAACAUUGUAUUCCUAAAGCAAUUUAAUAUUCUUAUAAUUAUCUUGUAACAGUGCAGUAAGGGAAUUCAGUAUACCAAUAAGUAGAAACGUAUGUGUAGAAAUACCUUCUUUUAAGUCAUCUUUGUAUUUUCUAUACAGAUUUUUGAUGCCACCUCUUACAGUCAAUGCAUUUUAUGAUCCUUCUGCAAACGCGAUGAGUAAGUCUAGCAUUACCUGUAACUAAAUUCUCUUACUAAUUAUUUUCUUCGUGCUCUUCGCCCUCCUUCUAUCAUUCAGUACCUACCUACCUAUCUCCUUGCUUACCUUACGUAUCAACUGACUGCCCACUUCAUUUAUUUUAUUUUCAUGGAUUUUUUCAUAUGUGUGUUGACCAAAUUUUUAUUGCUUAUCCUGCAGCUAUCAUGGCAGGAAUAUUACAACCACCUUUCUACAAAGACGACAGGCUGAAGUAAAUGAUUCUGUUUGGUUUUGUGUGCGUCACUAGAAGACUGCGCCAGCUCAUAAUUAUUGCUUUUGUGCAUUUCAGAGCGUUGAAUUAUGGUUCUCUUGGUAUGAUCGUAGGACAUGAAAUUACACAUGGCUUUGACGAUCUAGGUAGGAUGAUACAAUUAAGCGCCAAAACAAAAAAGAUUUGGAUUUAAGUUUGGACUGCUGAUAGUUGAAAACUUGUAUUAUAUUAAGUUGUUGUGCCAUUCAAACGAGUGAGUAAACGAUCUAUUUGCAUUUUGUUGCAUGCAUGCAUGCAAGUGACACUGAAUUUGCUAAUUAUGUGUAGUAUAUAAUUUCAGUAUUGCUAAAGGCCUUUGAGCAUUUUGAUUGGCUUCCCUUUUAAACUUUGUGAAGCAUUACCCCCCAAAACGGCUGAAAAUCAGACGACGGAAGUAAAUUAUUUAUACAAAUUAUAUUCAUAAAAUAACACGUGUAUUAGUUUUUUUUAACAAAACUUUUUCAAUACUGAAAUAAAUUAUACUAAAACAGUUAGUCGCCUCAGGCUCGGUGAUUGCAAUCCUAUAUAUAUUCAUUUCGCCUUCGCCUCAGUGAGUAUAGGCUUGUAAUCAACUCGCCUUCGGCGAUUAAUUGUUUUAUUAUUAGCAUGACAAAAUUACUGGAUUCUGAUUGGUUGAGAGGAGUACAAUUAUUUCAUUAAUUGUACUGCAGUACAAUUAAUGAUUUUCCCAAAACAAACAAAAUGGCGGAAAGGUAUUUUUAAACACAAGGGUGAAAUGAAAUUGCAGUGGGGGAACUAGACGAAAAUACGAACAAAAGCAUCAAAUUUUGCUUAAAAGAACUAAAUGAAAAUACAAACAAAAGCACCAAAUUUUGGUUGAAUGUCUGGCAGGACUGGGCUUUGGCGAGAGAAUAUGAUGUUGACAUUGAGAAGUACGUAUCCAAUUUUGUCAUGCUAAUAAUAAACAAGUAAUCAUGCGAUGUUGCUCGUACAAUUAGGGAUUAAUGUACUCGUGAUGUUUGGAAAUUUGCCAAAUUGGACUCGCCCCGGUGGCUCGUCCAAUUUUGGCAAAGUUUCCAAACAUCACUCGUACUAUUAAUUCAUAAUUGUACUCGCCAUCGCAUGAUUACCUAUACAAAUAAUGUUUUCACUUAAUUAUACAGUAUUAACAAGUUGUAGUGUGGUUUAAUUUCUCGUGCAAUUUGGAAAAACGGACAUUCGUAAAUCUUUCAAAGAUUUUAAAUAUAAUUUCCUUAGGACUUUGAUUGUUCUUGAAAAACUUAUUCGUACAUACUUUUUUCGAAUUGCACGCGGAACGAUACUAUAUAACCUAUACAUGCUAUAGCCAUUCUAUAAACAUCACAAACAGGAAGUGAGUUCGAUGAGAACGGAAAUUUUCGCCAAUGGUGGACCAAGAAAUCACGCGAAAAUUUUGUGAAGCGGUCAACAUGUUUGGUUGAAGAGUACAACAAAGUUCAAAUAUUUGGCUAUCAGGUUUGUGAAGAAGGUUUCCUACCGCCCCCCGUUUUUUGGGCAGGACAAAUUUUGUCGAAAAUUUAGUGAAUUUUGUGGCCAAUGUAGUGUUUUUUUGGAAAAUUUGUGUGAUGUUACGAAAAAUUUUGGUAUGUCCGGAAAAUUUUUUUGACCCCUAAAAUGGUACACCCAUGUCCUUUCUGAUCAGUUUCAUUAUUCAUUCCAAUAAUCUUGUAUUUUUAAAGUUUUAGAGCAUGUUCAUAUAAUUAUGCCCAUCUAACUAACCGGCAAACACGCCUGAGUGCAGAGAUUUUCUUGCGUUUGUUUUUGGAUAUUCCCUCAAAUUGUUUGAAAUUAAAAGCGGACAUUUUGUUGAAUGGAUUUUAUUCACGUCUUACAAAGCUUUGAAACGGUUUAACGUCACUUUUUAGUGCAAAGUUGCUUUGCACUAUUGUUAUGAGGUUAAAUUCAAUUCAGUGACCGAUCGAUCGAUAGAGUAAACAACCCGGGGGAGCUUGCAAUUGAUUUUUUAUCACGUUUUCUAGAGCUUCGCGACGUUCGGCCAACUAUAUUAAUCGUUCAUAGCUGUUUGUAGAUUAUAACAAUCUUUAUAAUAUAGCAUUUGUAAAUUCUGAACUCUGAUUGGCUAAGAGCCGUGUUGAUAUAACUCCAUGUCAACACGGGAAAUUUUCCGCCGCUUGUAAUACGGAAAUUGUUCUUAUUCUUCGGGCUUUUGACAUUGCUAUAUUAUAAAACAAAUAUAAAACACUUUUCCGUAUUGAUAUAUAGUUAUAUCAACACUCGUGGAAGUUGGGAAAACUCGAAAUUGUGUGAAAACACUCCGCUCUUCGGGAGUCGUGUUUCCACACAAUUUCUCGUUUUCCCAAUUUCCACUCGUGUUGAUAUAACUGUAUAUCAACACGGAAAAUGUUUUAUAUUUGUUAAAUAUUUAUAUUAUGAUGGUAUAGAUGUUCUUACUUAUCCAACAUUUAGAGAUGUUAUAAUCAAAUUACUGUUGCAUUUCAAGCGCUUGUUAUUAUAUGAUAAUGGCCCCCUGCAACAUAAAUACACGUGCUUCAUACUAAUACAUGUCGAAAGUUUGCGAGAAAAUAGUAUUUAUUAGGCUAUAUAAUUUUUUGCUUGAGAUUCAUUUCCUAAAUCCUUUUCAAUCUGGUUUUCGACCUGGAGAUUCGACCCCGAGAUUCGACACAAAAUUUACGAGGCUCUUGAAGAAGGCAAAGAGGUUCGGAUGGUUUUCCUGGAUAUUAGUAAGGCCUUUGAUAAAGUUUGGCACAAAGGAUUGCUCCGUAGGUUAGAAUCUUUGGGAGUAGGAGAUCCUCUUCUUAAAUAGAUUAAAAGUUAUUUAUCAGAAAGAAAGCAGCGUGUCAUAAUAGAUGGUCAGUCAUCGGACUGGAUGCAAAUUGAAGCCGGCGUUCCUCAGGGUUCCGUUUUGGGCCCUUUGCUUUUUUUAAUUUAUAUAAAUAAUAUUACGCGUGAUCUUCAAAGCAGCAAUUUUCUUUAUGCCGAUGAUACUUCUCUGUUUGAUGUAGUCGAUGAUCCUAGUUCUACAGCAAUUAAGCUUAAUAAUGACCUUGCAUGUAUUAAUGCAUGGACACACGACUGGCAGGUUACUAUUAAUCCGGGAAAAACCAAAUCCAUAAUCUUUUCUGUAAAGCAAAUAAAGCCAAUUCAUCCAAAUAUAUAUUUUAAUAAUAAAAUAAUAGAAAAUGUUAGUAACCAUAAACAUUUGGGAGUUACUCUUUAUUCUAAUCUUUCUUGGAGGGCUCAUAUUUUUAAUGUUUAUGAGAGUGCUUCAAACCUUUUAAAAGGUCUGAAAUUCAAAUUAAGUAGAGAGACGUUAUCAAAAUUGUACAAAUGUAUUAUUAGACCUGUAAUGGAGUAUGCCGAUGUUCUUUGGGACGGCUGCUCCAUUAGUGAAAGUGAUCUUUUAGAACAUGUUCAGUAUGAAGCUGCGAAGGUGGUCACCGGUGCUAUGAAGCCAUCCUUUUUUCCUUCAACAACUUUGCUCUGGAAUAGCAUUGAUUAUGUAGAACGUAAUAAUUUAUCAAUUAAUGUUUUUAAACAGUAUCUUAAAAAUUUCUUUGAUAUUUCAAGUUAUUCAAAAUAUUUUGAUUAUUCAAUAGAUAGAUAUUCUUCUAUUUUGCACACUCGUCUUCGCCUUGUACUUUAAAUUAUUAUUUAUUCAAAAUAGAUUGUAUUGUAUCUCCAGUAUGUGUGUGCGGCGCGACUUGUGAAUCUGUUACUCAUUAUACUUGCUAGAGUGUCCCCGAUAUUCUGCUCUGAGGUUGUCCUUGCUCUCGGUUGCUGCACAAGUGUACGGUUGGGGCUGGAAUCGUUUGUCGGCUUUUCAAAAAGUACAAUUAUUAUUGUUUGGUGAACCAAAUUUAAGUGUAGAUGAUAACAUAGAAAUAUUUAAAAAUGUUCAGCAAUAUAUUAAGUUAUCAGAACGUUUUCGGCAAAGUUACGUUUAAAAUAAAUAUAUAUAUAUAUAUAUAUAUAUAUAUAUAUAUAUAUAUAUAUAUAUAUAUAUAUAUAUAUAUAUAUAUAUAUAUAUAUAUAUAUAUAUAUAUAUAUAUAAAUAUAUAUAUAAAAAUAAACGCCAAACAACUUCCUUGCAGAUGCAUCAAUCCUAUUUCAUACAUUAAUCAUUAUGCGAGUCAACAUAAAUCUUAAUUAUCAUUUGUCAUAUCAACUUUGCACUAUCCUUGGGAUCUCUGAUUUUUAACGCCUUCUGUUCAGCACUCUUUAUAGUCCUUGAAUUUUCUAAUUACAUGGCCUUGAAAUUACUUGAAAAGUCUUUGAAUUUUACUUUUCCGCCCUUGUACCAACCCUGUUAUAUAACCACAACAUAAUAAUGCACACUGCGUUUCUUAGGUGGAUGGCAACAAGACAUUAUCAGAAAAUAUUGCUGAUAACGGAGGUUUGAAGUAUGCUUUUAAGGUAAGUGGAAUUUGCGAAAGGUUGGGGAAGAGAUUUUUGGGUGAAUAAGGCCUGUUUUCCCUUUGGAUUUACAGUAAUGCUGCUGAUUUUUUUAUUCGGGAAAAGUAGACGCUUUAAAGGGAAAUAGAAAGAAAAUUAAGUUUCUCCCAUUUGAAAGAGGGAUUCGACAUUAUUCAAAACCUUUUUACAGAUUUUCUAUAUCGUUUUUGGUAUAAAAUAUAUUACCCUUCAUUUCAAACAAAAUCGUUAUGCACUCCGCCAUCUUGGAUGUAUGCAUACUAGUAUACCCAUCGUCGGGUAUGCUCAACGUUACAACCAGGGUAACAUUAUUUUGUAUUGUGAGCAAUUCGCAGGCCAUUUUAAUGCUAAAUCCUUUUUUUACUAUUGCUUGUUUUAAAUAAAGCACAAGCUAUCUAUAAUCUUUCCACUGAUAUUAUGAUUUUGGCCAAACAACCCCGCCCGAAAAUCGGUGCCUGAUGGGUAUAAAGGUAGGGAACCGCACCUAUAGUCCGUCAAGUUAAUCGUAUAGUGGAUAUGUCUGCAGAGGAGAGAUCAUUAACCCGUAACUUGGCUACACAGUGCACCAAUAACAUUUAUCUGUCGUGUCUUUUGGUAGGCAUAUCAAAAAUGGCGUGAUAUACAUGGCAAUGAAGAAAAGUUACCAGCUCUUCCUUUUAAUAAUGAUCAACUUUUCUUCAUUGGGUUUGCUCAGGUACGUAUGUUCUGAUAUAUACUCGUACGAACGAAUUCAUCACUUUCAUUUGCUCCUGGUGUUUAUGAGACCGAUUCAUGGCCAGCAAUUACAUGAAAAUACGUCUUAGAAUAUUAUAUAAAUUAAAAUGUAUGCAGGAUGGGAGUAACUUAAACCAACCCAAUUUUACACUGUCUGCAUGUAAAGGUGUAUCACUGCAAAACAUAGUACGAGAUUUUAGGGAUUUUUCGGGAUGUGCGCGAUGGGGGGGGGGGGGGGGGGAGUGCGGGCAACUGCCCCCUACCCAGUAAUAUCUGAGAGAAUUAGUUCUUUGUAUGUUUGCAUGGUGAUAAAAUAUAUUAGUUUUGUUUGUGGAAACACCACGUAAAUUUAUUACUGCAUGCAAAGCUUUCGAUCCGUAAGCCAUAUUAUUAUAAUAUAUUAUACUACAGCUUAACUUUUAACCUGCCAAUUAAUGAUUUCUUGGUUGAAAAUUAUUGUCACAGCUUUGUUAUAUUAUUAGCUUUGUUUUAUUAUUAUUAUUAUCAUAUUAUUAGCACUGAUGAAGAUCCGGGCUUACGGAUCGAAGCUUUACAGUAAUAAAUUUACGUGGUGUUUCCACAAACAAAACUACACUGUAAAAUUAUAGCUGAAUAACUGUGUAUAACAAAGCUGUGACAAUAAUUUUCAACCAAGAAAUCAUAAAUUGGCAGGUUAAAAGUUAAGCUGUAGUAUUACAUGAAAUUUAAGGCAAAAAAAGUUUGCCAGCAACAAAAGUAUCCGUCGCUGUUUUGUUCUGUCUUAUUAUCCUUUCAAUAUUUUUCCUUGUAUAGUUAUUGUGUGCCAAAUAUACAACAAAGGGCGCUGAAAGUGCGAUGAAUUUCGACACGCAUUCUCUGGAUCCAGUCAGGUGUGUAGUGUGGGAGUGUUGGUCGCGUGCUUCUGCGAUAUGCAUUACGUUUUAUAGUGAAAAGAGUGCUUCCAGGUGAUUCUACCAAACAUUGCAAGUUUUUUCUGGGUUUUCCAAUUUCUCCAUUGACCAUCGCUGGACCACUAGGAAGGACAGUUUAAGCCCUUUAUAGGCGGCACAGUUGCCGAGAUCACGCUAGUAAUAUAUUGAGUAUUUAUAUGAUACUGCCCCCAUUCUGGCAAAUUCCCAUAUAAAGAGGCGGGGUGAACUUCCUUCUGAGCACGGGUAAAAGACGUCAAGCACUUAGAUGGCUUCUUCCCAGCAAUGUAAAAUCACACUCCAAAAACACCCUCAGCUGGUUUAAAAAUUCCUGGUUAACCUAAAAUUAACCCUGUUUGUGGUAACUUAAUGUUACUGGUUAAAUUUCCUGGUUAAUUUAACCACAACAUAUACCAUAGUCUUGGCUAAUUUAACCGGAUCCUGAUUAAGGUUACUUCACACGAUGAACGUGCAUUUUAGUCUAUUGGACAUUGCGCACGACUUUUGGGUAUAACUUUACCACAUUUUCAGUGAAGAAAGCCAGGAAAAUCUGAUUUCGAAAAGUUUCAUUUGAUGGGUGUUCAGUUUAAACAUUUUCAGUAAAACAAUCAAAAUAUGUGUAUAGUUUACCUCAACGUUUGUCUAGAUAUCGCAAUUCGAAUCUUCAUAGGCACGGUAAAAAAAAAACGUGUGCGGAAAAUUUCUCUUCUUUAGUGGUUUUUCUGAUAUGCCCUGAUUCUUGGGUUUAUCACUGAUAAUUCACGAAGUUGUCAAAGAAAACGUCAUGUCAGAAAAACCAUUGAAGAAGAGAAAUUUUCCGCACACGUUUUUUUUUUUACCGUACUUAUGAAGAUUCAAAUCGAGACAUGUAGACAAACGUAGACAAACUAUAAACAUAUUUUGAUUUUUUUAUGAGAUACCUAUAUAUUUCUCUAGUCAGCCAAUACUGGACAUGUUUAAACAGACUACCCAUCAAAUGAAGAUUUUCCAAAUCAUCAUUUUCUUGGCUUUCUUCACCUAAAAUUCGUUGCACCAUGUUCAAUAGACUAAAACGCACGUUCAUCAUGUGAAGUAACCUUAACACGCGCCAUCGCUUGAAACAAGGAAAAUAUCACAAAUCUCUUAAUUAAAAAAAUAAUAAAUCACUUUGGAUAUAUUUUCUAACUUUAUAAAUAGUUUUUAGAUGGAAAAAGGGUUUGAAAGUACUAAAUUUCAUCGAUAAAAGGCAUUUUAUCGAAAGUUUGUUUGUAAAUGUAUCUGGCGGGAUCCAAUUUGCUUCACAAGUGCCAUAAUCGGAAAAAUCAUUGGCCAAAUUUCAACUGGCUACCAAAAGUCAAACUUUCCGAAAAGUCAAACAAAGACCAUUUUCCGACCUGUGAAGUAUUCCAAUUUCACGUACUAUUUUUUAAUACAACAUGAGCGGCCUUGUUGUAUCGGAUAUACAAACUCGAGCCGACGAAUGGCUUGUGAAACGUCUUGAUGAGAACAUUCGUAUUCUUCAACAAUUUAAAAUAAAUGAGAGAGACAAAAAUAAAUAGUCAGAGACUCCAGCGUUCCAAGAAUUGUUUCUAUGGGAGCAAGUGAAUCGGACACGUUUCAGUUCGCUCAGCAUCCUGCCCUGGAGACAUUGCAGAGCUUUUCAAUCAGGGAUGGAUCCAGCAUGAUAUGGGGGUGCUCUGCCAGCUCUGGUGCCGAGUUGUAUCGGUCAUGUGUGCCGCCCGUCCAUCAACUAGCUUCACUACUGUAAAGUCUUGCUUGACUACUGUAUUUGAAUUGUAAUUGUUGUUCACAGUUUGGUUAUCAUCAAUUUAUUACUCAAAUUAUUGUAUCUCAUGUUGUUUCUAAUAAUUUUUUACUUUAUCAUGAAAAAUAGCACCCCCCCCCUGCACCCCCUCUGGCCAAGGCUAGGGAGGGUGCAACCUCCACCCCAGUAAAUCCAUUCAUGUUUUCAAUUAUUUUUGGGCUUCGGUGGCCAAGUGGUUAGCGCACUUGCCUUUCACCUCUGAAGUUGCAAGUUCAAGCCUCAGUGAGAACUUUCUCAGCGCGACUCGAACCCAGUCCUCAUGUGAAAAGAGUAAAAGUCAACGCUCGCUUUUCCCCGGGUACUCCGGUUUCCUCCCACAGGGAAAGUUGACAGGGUGGGUUAGGUAAAAGGGCCCAUAGUAAUUGGCAUAUGCUGUUGUGGUGACCCUGCCCUAGUUGGCAAAGCUAAAUAAAUAAAUAAAUGAUAUUUGGUGAGAUAAUUGAACUUAAAGUUUAUGUGUAAAGCAUGAACAUAUCUGUACCAGAUACACAAACUCCUGCACGCUCAUGGUUUCUUUUGCGUUCUCUUCAUGAAUUAUUAAUGGCUGUGAAAUGAUAUGUACAUUUUUCGUAAGGGAUUAUCUGCCAUUUUAGAAAGUCCAAUUCAAAAUUGCCUUUGCACCUUUCUGUAUAACUGUCUACUUUUAUCAUGCAUGAUAUACAUACAUAAUUAUAGAGUAUAUUGGUGGGCUGCCUAUGGUAUGAGACUAGGAUAUGUGUUAGAAUAAAGUUUAAAGUUAGGAUUUUGAUUGUAGGGAUAGGAAAUAGUUAACGUUGGAAUUGACCCGAAAAUCUAUGUUCAUAUACGGCGUACCGUAAACCUUCGAAUAUAAGCCCCCCCCCCGUGUAUAAGCCCACCACAUGUACUAACGCUCACCUCAUUCCAAAUAUAAGUCCCCCCCCCCAAUAUAAGCCCACCCGAAUAUAAGCCCACUUGUUAUCACUAUUAUUUAUCACUAUUACCACUAUUAAUCACUAUUAUUACUACGGUAUGCUUGUCUACCACUUGUUUAUUACUAUACUUGUUUAUCACUAUUACACUAACACAAAAGAUCGUCCCCCCCCCCCCCCCGGUAUAUAAGCCCUUGUAUAAGCCCAUAAAAAAUCGUUUACGAAAGAAUAUCAGCUCAGGGCUUAUAAAAUCGGAGGUUUACGGUACCUUCACUGUAGCCAAUCGAUGACACGGUAUUAUAUAACAUGCCAUUUGUUGAAAUUGUAUACUUUUCCAUUAACUUUCAGAGUACGAGUUCCAUUGUCCAACUUUCCUGAAUUUAGCAAAGCAUUUGAAUGCCCAUUGCCGAACAAUACUUGCACGGUUUGGUAGACAGGUGUUUACGUUAGUUGUAUAUUGAUAUAGUUAACAGAAAAUAAGUAUAUGGUCAAGAAGACUGGUGAACUGCAAUAUAAUUCCAAGGUUACAGGACAUUCUUUUUGGCGUUUUGCGGAAAAUCGCUACUGCGCGCUCAAUAUCAGUCUAAUUUUCACCAAAUGUUCGCCAGUGCAAGCAAAAUAUGAUAAAGUUGUAAAAGUGACAAACAAAAUAAAAAAAAAGGUACUUUACGCUUUCGAGUUCUUUUCCUGUUGGUUUUAAGGUAUAUUUAUGAAAAUAUCAUUUUUUUGUAAUAUAGAGUAAAAUAGUUGUUCUAAAGAAAUGUGUCGGGAAAUUUUUCGUUUAUUUCGUCAUUCCGCUGGUAUGGCGAUUUCUUUGACGACGACUGCAAUAUAUUUCUGAAUCGUUUGAGUGAAUUGCUCCCCAUUAUUAAAAUAGCCAAAAUUAGAAAAAAGCCGAACACGUUUUUGAAACUGACGUACUUAACUAGUAUGUCCUGUGAAAAUUUAAGAACAAUUCGUUGAAACCCGCAGGAGAACAACUCGUUUGAAAAUCAGUAAAAUUCGGAGAAAAUUGAAUUUGAAUAUUACAUUUUCAAUGUUUUUCUUAUUGCAGCGCAAUGCAUUUUAUUAAAUAACUCUGCGAGUUUUCAACAUUUUUCGUUCAAACUUGGUCAGAUAGUAGAACUAGUCUAAUUAACACUCAAAGGUGUUCUGUAACUAGGCAAAAUAGAACUAGGCAAAAUUAACACUCAAAGGUGUUCUGUAACCUAGCCUGCGAACAGGCUCUCAAGCUGAAUUGAGAGCCUGCAUCGAUGACUAAUGAAUUUGAAUAUCUGCCCCGUAACGUUCGUUUUUCCAAAUAUGGGAUGUCUAUCCUUAUAUGGUGUUGUUUACAACUUUCAUGCAAACUAAAUUUAGACCGUACAGUUUAUACUGUUUUUCGAAAUAUAAGAUAUUGAAGCAAAAGUUUAAAUGUUUUAAAUACUGUUUUCUCAAAACAGAACAUUUCGUGCUUUGAGAUAAGAUGGCCAAGACCAAUUUGAUCAGCUAAUGUGUUUUUUAUGCAUAGUGCUAGCAGUUGACAUAUAUUGAGCUCAGCGGAAUAAUAUAAAUUAUAGCAUCUGACCAUUGAGAAUUUCGCGUCACGAUUUGAGACGCAGAUAUUCAAAUUCAUUAGUCAUCGAUGCAGGCUCUCAAUUCAGCUUGAGAGCCUGUUCGCAGGCUAUUCUGUAACCUUAAAAUCAUUUGAAACCAGGUUUGAAACAGUCGUUACACGCUCUUUUUAUUGCACAAUGUAAGUGAAAAAUUUGGUUUAGCCUUAAAUGUGACAACUAAUCUGUUUCAAAUGAUAUAAUCGUAACAUUUUUGUCUGAAGCGGUUUGAAGUAAUGCCUAUAAUUUUGGCCGCGGUGUUUUUAGUCAUAUUUGCCCGGUUUCGGUAUAUCGGUACACCUAGCAGUCCUAGUACUUCCAAACAUUGUUUUCUAUUAACUGCAUGACUGACUGAGUGAGCUUUCAUGUACUGAUAGUUUGGUUUUAAAUAUGAGAAUGUAAUUCUAUUUCUUGCUGUUGUGUUAGAUAGUUUAUAUAUGUAAUAUAAUAAUACUGCUGAUUAUUGCGUUAACCAUAUUUUGUUUCAUGUUAAAGUGUCCUUGAGUCUUAUAACCAAAGAAUUGUUAGCC